AGAUUGAAUGCCGAUUCCCGUAUGGCGGACCUUCAAGCGAGUGUCUCUAGCCUCAACAGCUACACUGGGUUGCGGUCUCGUCGCUUUCUACAUCUACGACCCUGGUUUUCGACGAGGGGUCGAAUUCUGGCGGAGGGUGUCCCCCAUCGCCACACAGUACUUCAUCUACACCCUUCGCGGUCUUGACUUGGACCCUCUCCACCAGCGUUACUCCACAAGGGCUCGGCGAAUCUGCGAGGAACUCGGAGGUCUAUACAUCAAGAUGGGUCAGGUCCUGUCCGUGCGCCCUGAGCUCCUACCUGAAGCCUACUGUACUGAAUUCGCCAAGUUGCAGGACACUGCCCCGCCUGUCUCCUUCGAGGAGAUCAUCAAGCCCACACUAGAGAGGUCUCUAGGACUCCCCAUUGAUCGCCUUUUCGUCCGAGUGAACCCCAUCCCGCUCGGUUCAGCCAGUAUUGGCCAGGCCCAUGCAGCCACCUUAGUUGAUGGUCGGGAAGUGGUCCUCAAGAUACAGUACCCUGAUGUCAGACGACAGUUCGAAGUGGAUCUCCGCUGCCUCUCUGUGCUGGCCAAUUGGGCUCUACCAGCCCUUUCUCAAAUCAUGGAAGAAUUUCGAACGCAGUUUUUGACCGAGCUAGACUACCAUAAUGAAGCACGUAACAUCACUGAGGUUCGUCGGGAAGUCCUCGAGACCACCGACCAAUGGCGGCAUCUGGUCAACUUACCAGAAGUCAUCCCUGAGUACACUACAGACAAGGUUCUCUGUAUGACUUUCGUCCCCGGCGAGAAGCUGGAGACUGUUAUCAGAAAGGAUUGGCAACGAAGAGGAGUAGACAUCGGUCCCGACUUCAGAGAGUGGCUACGACAACAGCAACGUCAAGGUCGACAGCAGGUCGGCACAUCUCUCGGCUGGGUUUCCUACUUGCCCGACUGGACCUAUCGUGCCGGUCUAUGGGUGUGGAGGCUUUCGUCUCCACCUGCUACUGACAUGAGCCGAUUCAUCCACACCGCUAUUCGAGUGCACGGCUAUGAGCUCUUCUCGUGUUCCCUCUUCAAUGGUGAUCCUCAUCCAGGGAAUUUACUGGUCGACCUGGGCUCAGGGAAGGUAGGCCUCAUCGACUACGGCCAGUGCAAGCGUUUAGACAACGACACGCGACUCAAGCUGGCCAAGCUAGUCGUGGCUGUCGCUGACGGCUGCCCUGAGGAGGAGGCUCGUGCCAUGCUAGACGCAGGGAUAAGAAGCUCUCGGAAGGACGUUCGUCAUCUCUCUACAAUGGCAAGACUCCUUUUUGGUCGGAUAGAGCUUCAUAUGCUCGACCCACAGUUUCACAUAGAACUCCAUAAAUCAGAUCGACUGGAGACCCUCCCUGGCGAGAGUUUGAUGGGGUACAGAGUUGCCAUGCUGCUGCGAGGCUUGGCGCUCGCCACGCGCCACAGUGUGUCGGUUGCUGAACUAUGGCGGGAUGAAGCCCAGAAGUGCAUUGAUAGGCAAGGAAGAGCACUUUUCUAAAAUGAGCCCAG